AUGGACUACAUUCAACCAAGCCACCUUUAUACCCGGAUUCUCGAUAACAUUCCGUGGAAGUCAGGAGACUCAAGUGUCAAGGGCGACCCCCGAAAGAGUGUUAAGUGGAUUGAUGGCUUGAGAGGCAUUGCUUCGUUUCUGGUCGUUCUGACCCAUCUGGCUCGAGCCUGGGAUUAUGAUCUCUUUGCACCCCGUGAUGAUGAAGAUGCCACUCCCCGUAUUCUCCAAUGGCCUGUUCUGCGGAUUCCAUGGCAAGGGCGUCUAGGAGUCACCAUCUUCGCUUUUCUAACCGGUUAUGUUUGCGCCCUCAAGCCCAUCAAACAGUCCCGUAAUGGAGAUCACUUGGGCUCUUUCACGUCCGUGGCAAAAAGUGCUUUCCGUCGUCCGCCUCGUCUGAUAUUCCCCGCAACUAUCGCUCUGAUCAUCUCCUGGAUCAUGGCUCAGUGUGGCGCGUUCAUCGUCGCAAACCGAUCGGAUUGCUGGUGGUGCCGUUAUGCCGCUCCAGAUCUGGCGCCUACCUUUUGGCAAGAAUUCCUUCGUCUAUUUGAGAACUUCUUGGGUGUUUGGACCACUGGGUUUAUGGCAUAUGAUGAUCACCAGUGGGCCUUGCUGCCAUUGUUGGAGGCAUCCAUGCUUGUUUAUAUCCUAUUGUGUAUCACCAUGUUUGUCAAGUUCAGGUGGCGUUUGGCGAUCUACUUGGGAAUGUUCCUCUACUUUCACCAGAAUGCCGCCAAAAACACAGAAACUUUUCAAAUGCAGGCUAUAUAUGGCAUGUUCCUGAGCGACAUAUCUUAUGAAACUGCUUUCAAGGAGUUUGUCGAGCGACACAAAUGGGGCCGUAGAGUGGUAUCAGCGACCCUCGCCUGCUGCGGUCUUUUCAUCUGUUCAUAUCCUGGCGAGCACCCAGAGUGGGCAACAUGGUCAAACUACAUGUUUGAGAUCGCUCAAUAUAUAUUCCCACCCGAUGUGAAUAUCGGCAAGCGCUAUUCAGCUAUCGGCGUUGACUUGAUCAUCUUCGCCAUUUACAUCUCCCCCUCUACCAAGGAGUUCCUGGCAAACCGCCUCCUGCUUUGGCUUGGGAAACAAAGUUUCGCUGUCUAUCUGGUUCACGGCACUCUCCUGCGUACCGUCCUAUGCUGGAUGCUCUACGGCAUCACUGGUCAGCCUUGGGAGGGAGAUAUUGUCGAUGGCAACGGCAAUCCCAUCCUGGAUGAGAAUGGUGAACCGCUUCAUCCACACUGGAUCCCUAUCCGUGCACCCUGGGUGGUGGCUAUUUCCAUCCCAGCCUGGAUCGCGCUAGUCUAUCUCUGUGCGUCGCUGUGGACAACGUAUGUGGAUCCCUUUUGCGCUAAAAUGACGCAAAAGUUGGAGAAAAUUAUGUUCGAGGAAGACAACAAAUCCUCAGAGGCGCUUCCUCUUACCAACAUGCCCAUGACCACCAUGCCCAUGACCGGCGCUUAA